GCGGCGUCAGCAUACGUGUCCCACGCACGAGGAGUUCACACACCAGCCAAUCUGACAUCGCACAUCUGUCCGCAGCAGCACCAGUCUCUCUCAUCAUGGGCAACGUUCAACCAACCAUCGUCCCGUACGAGGACUUCGACGUGCUCGCGGACAUCAAGUCCCUCCGGAAGGCGUGUAAAGGGCUCGGGACGGAUGAAGAGGCCAUUAUUGAGAUCCUGGCCAAUCGGAGUGCAGCUCAGCGUGUGGAGAUCAAGCAAGCAUACUUUGAUAAGUAUGAUGAUGAGCUGGAGGAGGUGCUGAAGAAGGAGCUGACCGGUAGUUUUGAGAAGGCGACGGUGGCCAUGUUGGAUCCUCCCCCUGUUUACUUUGCCAAGGAGCUCCGCAGGGCCGUGCAGGGGGCGGGCACUGAUGAGGCCGUGCUGGUGGAGGUCCUGUGCACCGCAUCCAAUCAGGACAUCAUGAACUACAAAGAAGCCUACGCCCAAGCGAACGAUCGAGACCUAGAGGAGGACAUUGAGGGUGACACCAGCGGGGACGUGAGAAACCUCCUCAUGGCUCUACUGCAGGCCUGCCGGGAUGAGACUUAUGAUGUGGACGAGGGAUUGGCUGAGCAAGAUGCAACAGCCCUGUUUGAGGCAGGGGAGGGUCGUUUUGGGACCGAUGAGUCCACGUUCAGCUACAUCCUGGCCCACAGGAACUACCUGCAGCUGCAGGCCACCUUCAAGAUCUAUGAGUCGCUGGCGGGGACGGACAUCCUGGACGCGGUGGACAACGAGGCCACAGGGACUCUGAAGGACUGCUACAUCACCCUGGUGAGGUGUGCCAAAAGCCCUCAGCUGUACUUUGCUCGCCGCCUCAACGCUGCCAUGAAGGGGGCAGGGACUGACGAGGAGACACUGAUACGCAUCAUCGUGGGCCGCUCUGAGGUGGACCUGGAGACGAUAAAGGACAUGUACCUGGAGAAGUACGACGUCCCUCUGAAGGACGCGCUGUGCUCAGAGUGUGGAGGAGACUUCAAACGCCUCCUCCUGGAGAUCCUGCACUAAACCCUUCAUCCUGUCACCCCUCCAUCUCCCCCUCUCUUCCUCCUCUCUUUCAUCCCUCCGUCUCCCCCUCUCUUCCUCCUCUCUUUCAUCCCUCCAUCUCUCCCUCUCCCCCUCUCUUCCUCCUCCUCUCUGCAGUUCUCCUCCUCUCCCCUCUCCUCAUCUAACAUGCUCAGUGUGUCCUGCAGCCUAGCUUCUCCAGGGUGUGAUCCUCAGAGAUCUGACCUGAGGUCUGUUUGUCUACCCAGGCCUUCAUCAGCCAUGUUCCAAGUUAAACCCAAAGAAACACUAGUUUGCUGCUCACUAAAUAACUGUAUUCACUGUAUGUAAUGAAGCAAAUACUCGUUAUUUUCACAAUCUCUUCUAUCUUUAUUUGUCUGUUUGUUUAUUUAUUUAUUUAUUAGUAUCUUAAUUUGAAUUCUGGUCCUUUCCUUCUAUUGCUCCAUCUUCCUCCAGUCAGGCCUACUUGUAGACAGGUGGAUUGAUCACCGGAUGGGAUGAUCAUCCUCAGUGUCACUCGGAUGCUUCUAGAAGUUCUCAUGCAAACCUUCCUUAAUGCUGCGAUCGCGCCACUCACUCAAGUGCCCACGAAUCACAUGACACGUGACAUGAUACAUCACAUGACACGUCACAUGACAGUCCACUGUGGAACCAGCAUCAUCCCUGGUCCGGGAUUUGUAACCAUUCAGACCGAUGAACUCCAGUUUCAUCUUUUUAAAACACAGCAUCCAGACUGCCAGGUGUCUCCCUGACUGUGUCCUAGAGCCACACACUGGUCACUGGAGGUGACUCUAGCGACACUGAGACAGUACUGAGGACUGUUAGGGAACAUGGUGAUGUCAUUCCACAGCACUUGAACACUUCAUGUUCAGCCUUUAAUAGACCUGCCUUAUGAUGGUCCAUGUCGCAGCUUCAGAUACGGUCACUCAGCUGCUCUGUGGCUGCUUGGGUCUGUAAUGUACCUGACUCAGAGAUGACCUGUCUUGAAUUACUAACCUCUUUACUCUACUCUACCCUACCUUACCCUACCCUACAGUACCCUACCCUACCCUGCUAUACUGUACCCUACCCUAUCCUACCCUGCUCCACCCUACAGUACCCUACUGUACUGUACUCUACCCUACUCUACUAUAAGAGCAGAGCAUUGUAAUCUGGAUCUGUGUGGAGGGUAGUGAGUGUGAUUAUAACACGAUCUAAUGAUCAGGUGGUUGUUGACACCAGGCCACUAAUAAAGUAUUAAUAAAGUAGUAAUAAAAUAGU